AGCGCUUAAAUAGAGAGAUUCUGUGUGAACCCAAGUGCCUCAGAAAAAACAAAGAGAGAAAGGGGAGAGACCGAGCAACUGAGAGGAGAGAGAGAGAAAGGUUCUCUCAGAAGUGGGUUCAAGGGAGGUGAGAGAAAACUCAUCUGAAUCUUCCUUGAGAUCACAUUUGCUUGAACAACAAUGGGUGCCGGUGGGAGAACGUCUGCCCCGAAAACCCAAAACGGGUAUCACCAGAACUCUAUUCAUAGGGUCCCCCACUCGAAACCACCAUUCACGCUUAGUGAAAUCAAGAAAGCCAUCCCGCCCCACUGCUUCCAACGCUCUCUCCUCCGUUCGUUCUCCUAUGUCGUUUACGACCUCUCCCUCGCCUUCCUGUUCUACUACGUUGCCACCACUUACAUCCACCUCCUCCCCCAACACUUCCGCUAUCUCGCAUGGCCCCUCUACUGGACUCUCCAAGGUUGUGUCCUCACAGGUGUUUGGGUCGUUGCUCACGAAUGCGGUCACCACGCGUUCAGUGAUUACCAAUGGGUCGACGACACCGUGGGCCUAACCCUUCACUCUGCCCUUCUAGUCCCUUACUUCUCUUGGAAAUACAGUCACCGCCGCCACCACUCCAACACUGGGUCCCUUGAGCGUGACGAGGUUUUCGUUCCGAAACCCAAGUCCAAAAUCCCAUGGUACUCAAGAUACCUAAACAAUCCUGUUGGUCGCGUUCUUACCCUUACAGUCACUCUCACUCUCGGCUGGCCCUUGUACUUGGCCUUCAACGUAUCGGGCCGACCCUAUGACCGGUUUGCGUGUCACUACGACCCGUAUGGCCCGAUCUACAAUGACCGCGAAAGGCUUCAGAUUUUCAUUUCAGACAUCGGACUAUUCACCACAACUUACGUUCUUUAUCGCGUUGCUCUCCUAAAGGGGCUGGCAUGGGUUAUAUGUGUUUACGGAGUACCUUUACUCAUUGUGAAUGGUUUCCUCGUAUUGAUCACGUUUUUGCAGCACACGCACCCAUCCCUACCUCAUUACGACUCGUCUGAAUGGGAUUGGCUGCGGGGAGCUCUGGCGACCGUGGAUAGGGAUUACGGAAUUCUAAACAAGGUCUUUCACAACAUCACGGACACACAUGUUGCUCACCAUCUCUUCUCCACCAUGCCACAUUACCAUGCGAUGGAGGCCACGAAAGUGAUCAAGCCGAUUCUUGGGGAUUACUACCAAUUUGAUGGAACUCCGUUUUACAAGGCGAUGUGGAGGGAGGCUAAAGAGUGUUUGUACGUCGAGCCGGACGAGGAUGCCCCCACCAAAGGUGUGUUCUGGUACAAGAACAAGUACUGAUUUUGAUGAUGAUGCUAUGAGAGUGGAGUUCUAGUUUUCGCUUAGGUGUGGUGUUAAACUGUGUUAAGGGGAGGAAAUGUCUUGGUUUGGAAGUUGGGACUUCUGGGCUUAUAUGUUCUUCUCCCAGUGAAUUGUUAUUCCUCUUGGUUUUUUCGUGUAUGCACUGUUGUAAUGAACCUCUAGUACUUAAAUUAUGUGUGUGUUUUUGAAAA